AUAGUUUGAUGAUGCAGCUGGCUGCUGUGCACUCAGGUGAGUAAGGAGACUAAAGAGGAGAAGGAAAACACGUUGAAAGAACACGCUCUGUUUUUCACACGACACAUUGAGUCCUUACAGAGUUCCAUUCAGUCAGUAAGAAAAGUGUUUCAUGCGAUACCUAAAGCUAAGAGAAGAAGAGGCAAAGGAGCUGAGGGCUUCUCUGGAGCAGCAGCAGCAGCGUGACGAGCAGCUGCAAAUAAAAGCUCUGGAAACGGUGCACAACGCGAUAGAGGAGGAGAGGAAGAAGUGGGAGGCCGAAAAGGUGAAAGCAUUGCAGGUGCAUUGUGGGAUACUAGAAGAGCGGAAUAGAAAGAGUCUGGAAGGCAUCAGGAGUGAGACGCAGCGAGAGAAGAGUAAAGUGGUGGAGCUCAAAACUAGGGUGCAAGACAUGGAGAGUGAACGCUGUGCGCAGCAGAGAGCGCAGGAGUCUUUGCUGGCUGUUCUUUGCAAAUCACUUAAAGAGGAGCACCGGGCGGAGUUGCAGACGUCGCAGAGACAGAUGGCACAGGAGCGUCAGAGGGCAGUGCUGCGCCUCGAGCAGGCUGCUCAGGUGGCAGAGAAGGAGGCUGACGAGCUCCACAUGGCGCUGGAAGAAAGCCAGCGCAGCCAUAAGCAGACCACAGCUGAGCUGGAGCAGCAGCUCGGGCACUGGGCCCAGGAGCUGGGAGCAGAGUGCCACCAUCUACAGCUCCUCGAGCAGCAGACCGGAGCCACGCCCAGUGAUGCGCGCCCGGCUCACAGUCCCACAGCAGCUGAGGCUCUGACACACCUGAGGACGCUGCGAGAGCAGCUGAAGCACUCGGUCAACCGUCUGCAGCAGGAGCUCGACUCACAGAAGGAAACCACGGAGCAGUUGAGAAAAGACAAGGAGCGAGAGCUGAGCAUCCAGAGGCGGCAGCUGAGGAUGGACAGAGACCACGCCUUGGAUUCUCUCAAGGAGCGGCUCAUUCUGGAGCACGUGGAGGAGUUGAGCCGUCUGAAGCGGCCUCCCGCGUGUGACGGUGGAGCGCUGGCGGGAGGGGCGGCAGCAUCUCUUCGGACGCAGCUGAAGGCCAAAGACCUGGAUCUCAGGCAGGUUCAGAGCAGCAUGGCUCAGUUUGAGGAAGAGUUGACUGCUGAAUUAGAGAGAAACCCAUCAAAGCCCCUCGAGGAUGAAGGAGAGAUGAGGCUCGGUGCGGAGGAAGCUCCGAGAUGCGUUCGCUCUCCUUCCCUCCACGUCGUGGACUCUGCUGCCCCCCGCUGCCCGCCAGACGUGUCUUCAUUGAAGCUUCUCCGUUACCUGCAGAGCAGAGUCAAGCAGCUGCGUGUGGAAAACCAGGAAAACAACUGGAGCCCGUCGCCUUUAAAAGCAAUCGCUUCAGAUCGGUCAGGAUCCUAUCUGACCACAGGGAGUGCAUUGUUUGAAUAAGCACUGGCGGCAUUUCCAGUGGGACAAACUGCAGACAUGAGGAGUUGAUGCACGCUGAAGUAUUUCAUUUUGUAUGAAUGGAACUCCAUGGUCAAAAUAAAUCUACAAAUACUUCUUGACAAGGAGGAAGAAGCACAGUUCACGUGGCAUCAUUAUUAAAAUGUAAAUAUUAUUUCUGUCCUUGCAUAUUAUAAUACAUAAAAAAAAUACUGGUGUCUCCUUUAUAGAUGGGUCAAGGUCAAGACGUGGCUGGGAUUCACAUCAUAAGUUAAGAAACCUUACUGUGUGUGUGUGUGUGUGUGUUGCACACACCAGUAAUAAAUUGUAAUGCAUUUCAAGCAAUUUUUUGUUGCUACAUAAAUGAAUGAUUUACUGUUACAUGUGCUUAAGAUUGCAGAUUAACACGCAGGUCAGAGGGACCAAUGCCAUAACUGAAGCUCUGGUCUCUAGUUUCUGUGUUGAAGCCGUCACGUUUUUAUGGCCGAAUGACAAUGAACUCUGAAUGAUGAACCGACAUGUCACUGACGGUCAUGUGACGUCCGUCAGCCUCGUUAAACUGGUCUGUGCAGGAAUCUUUAGUUCAAUCUGAAAUGUUACUAGAUGAUGAAUUUUAAAAUAAAUAUGUUUGUAUAGAUUUCUGGUAAGCCAACGCAAAAAUGAUGGAGUUUGAUUUCAAUUAAUUAACUUUGUGAAAGUGUAAUCUUAUUGUGAAAUAAUCUAUAAUCUACUCUAUAAAUCAAGAUGGUUUACCUAUAAUGGCAGUAAUUUUCAAUUUGUUCGCCGUGCUUUGGGUCACAAGACGUUUCAGAAAGCUGUUGAAAAGGAAGAUGAAGUUCUAGUGCCGUGUAUUAAACUACUUUCCUGUUUAAGUCAA